AUGAGCCUCCUUGGGACCCCUGUACUGCUCCUCCAUGGGCAGGCAGCAAACAAGUUCAUCUACACUUGCGACAGCAACAUUCUUGACAAUCAACAACCGUUGUCGAUAAGAAGGGUUUGCGGUGAGAAGAAUAUCCUGGAAUUAAGUGGCCAUGAGCACAAGCGUGUGAGAGGAGCACUCUUAUCGUUUUUAAAGCCAGAAGCUUUAAAGCAAUAUGUUGGUAAGAUGGAUGAAGAAAUUAGAAGACAUUUGGAGAUGCAUUGGCAUGGCAAGAGCAAGGUUUUGGCAAUGCCAUCUAUGAAGACCCUUACCUUCAACGUUAUCAGCUCACUGAUAAUUGGAAUAGAGCAAGGUGAGACAAGGGACAUACUCAUUGAGCUCUACUAUCAACUAAUGAAGGGUAUUAUAUCUCUACCAAUCAAUUUGCCCUUCACACGCUUCAAUCGAAGCCUCCAAGCAAGUGCAAAAGUCAGAACGAUCCUCUUGGAUCUUCUUCAAGAGAAGAGGGCUGCAUUACAGAAUGUAACUGCCUCUCGUCAACAAGAUUUUAUCACGACCUUGCUUAGUCUCCGAAACGAAGACAAUUCGGUAGUAUUAUCCGAUGAGGAGAUUGUUGAUAAUGUUACUGUUCUAAUGAUAGCAGGCCAUGACACAACCUCCAAUCUCCUCAGUUUCUUGAUCAGGAUUUUAGCCACUAAUCCAUCUGUUUAUAGCAGUGUUAUUCAAGAACAAGAGGAGAUUCUAAAGAGCAAGGCUUCAAUGGACCUUUUGACAUGGGAUGAUCUCACAAGAAUGAAAUACACAUGGAGAGUAGCAAUGGAGUCUCUAAGGAUGACCCCUCCUGCGUUUUGUUCCUUCAGGAAUGUGGUAAAAGAUUUUGAAUAUGAAGGUUACCUAGUUCCCAAAGGAUGGCGGGUGUGA